GGGAGUGACAAGUAGGGGCGCGAGACAAACCCCAAAUAUGAAGCUGGUAUUGGCACAGUUACAGCUGAUGGAAGGAAAUGAGGAGUACAUGGAAGGAGAGGAAGGUAAGUGCUGAGCCCUCCCUAGAGGUGCCUGGCUCUCUGGGCAAGAUUGAUGGGUCCUCCGAGCGCCCUGGUCCGGGAUGGCUCUACAGCCGCCAGGUGAGGCCGCGACCCAGGACAAGGUGUGCUACCCGCCCGAGAGGCUCCAGGGCAGCCCCCAACACCUAGCCGCCUUCGACACGCCUUUCCCCGCCUUUGGCCACUACAGGAACCCGCUAGCCACUGCGGGCGACGAUUUCCAGCCUUUCUGGCCGCAGCCCGAGGCCGCGGUGCCUGCGUCCCAGAUCAUGCCCCAGCUCGCCUUCCGGGUGGCUUCGCCCCUGCUGAGCCCGGGCCUGGCAGUACCGAGGGAGCCGCUCUACGAUCUUCCCUGGUAUGGCAAGCUGCCACCGUGGUACCCAAUUCCUCACCUGCCCCGGGAGGUGCCGCACUUCCUGAACUUCAGCCGCGAGUUCACCGGCGCCCGCGGUGAAGAUUCCGGCCGAACUGGUGGCCUCAGCGACAGUGGUCAGUGUUUGGGACCCGAAACUUUAAUCCCUCCGCCUCCGGUGGAUGCUUCCGUGUUACCUGAGGGCCCGAAGACCUCCCAGGUAUUAUCUUGCCUUCCCAGCAAGUGGUCUGAAGAUGGCCCCAAGCCCCUGAACCAAGAGGGGAGGUCACCUCGUUUCCACUUCACCGAGGAGGACCUGCACUUCGUUCUGUACGGGGUCGCGCCCAGCCUGGAGAACCCGGCCCGUCUGCAGCAUGCGAUUUCAGGCCUCCUGGUCCCCGCAGACAACUCUGGGCCUGAUUCUCUUCCUCAAACUCUGGAUAAGGACUCCCUUCAACUUCCGGAAGGUCUCUGCCUCAUGCAGACGGUGUUUGGUGACGUCCCACAUUUCAGCGUGUUCUGCAGUGGCUUCAUCGACAAAGGAGUCCGCUUCGGUCCCUUUCAAGGAAAAGUGGUCAAUGCCAGUGAAGUUAAGACCUAUGGGGACAAUUCUCUGAUGUGGGAGAUCUUUGAAGAUGGUCAUCUGAGCCACUUUAUAGAUGGAAAAGGAGGUGCGGGGAAUUGGAUGUCCUACGUCAACUGUGCCCGCUUCCCCAAGGAGCAGAACCUAGUCGCUGUGCAGUGUCAAGGGCAGAUAUUUUAUGAGAGCUGCAAGGAGAUCUACCAGAACCAAGAGCUCCUUGUGUGGUAUGGAGACUGUUAUGAGAAGUUUCUGGACAUUCCCGUGAGCCUCCAGGUCACAGAGCAAGGGAAGCGGUCAGUGGGGCUCUCUGAAG